AUGAGUUGUAACUCAACUUCGUCUGCCGUAGAGGUUCAUCUAGCACCAUGGCCACAAAACCCGUUUGCUUGGGAUAUUCUGGAUGAUGAUGGAUGCGUAAAACCCGAGCCUUACGAUGAACUAGAAUGGCUGUCGCCCUACCUCAAGGUAAAUUAUGGAAUCUCCACUGUUUGUGGAGGUAUAUUCAGCCUGUAUCUGCUGUAUCUUGUCGUAUUCCAUACAAUCGAAAGUCUGGUUCCGUACAAAAAGAUUAUUUUGUGUUGCGCAGUGAGUGACGUUACGUAUUGGAUCAUCGAGAAUUUUUGUCAAUUCGUAAGUGGAAUUGAUUUUUUUGGUCGAUUUUUUAGAAGGCCAGACAAAUCGAUGGAGUUUUCUUGAUGCGACUGGAUGGACCUGCUGGAUACUUCAGCCGUGACUUCCAAGUGACAAUCACUGCGGUGUAUGUGACUGCAAUUUGUCUGGUAAACACGCUGCUUCCAGCUCAGACUUAUUUUCGGUAUUAUGCGCUGACAAGGUGAGUCGCCCAUCUUAGCGAUUCUUUUUGUCACAAAUUCAAAACUAUAAUAUUAGGUUGAUGCAUAAUUAUCCGGCGUUUUUUCAAACGAUCGGCUUUGUUGUUAUCGGAGCGUUUGUGAGGGACCCAUUAUUAACAUACAGAGAAGAUUACUUUUAUGAAAAAAAAAUUAACAAAACGCCUAUUUUCAUUAACAAAAAACGCGCCAGUAUAAACGCCGGAUAAUUAUGCAUCAACCUAAUACCAUAUACUCAAUAGUUUCAUGUGUAAUACCUGAUACACGAUACUUCCAGAUCCAAAAUCCUUGGUCCUUGGAAGACCCUGCUGCUCUUUCUGGUCUCAAUAAUAGUAAUUUUGCCGGUUUUUCUCACUUCCUUUCUUGGCUACAGCAAUUCUCCAGCAGUCCGGCCUGAAUUGAACUACGGCUCAUUAUGGUUCAACCAGUACCCUCUCCCAAUUUUAGUCAUUGGCGAUAUUGUAAGCAUAAUUUGGCACUCAAUGUUUCAAUUUUUGCAGCGCGGUUUCUGGCACUGCUCUUUCUUCAUCUACAGUGUUCUGUGCGCUUUCAUCUGUUACUCGUUGACUUUAUUCAUAGGAUUUAAGGGGCAGAAAAACCUGCGGAUCGUGCAAAAUACCAGCAGUAGAAGAACGAAGCAUCUUCAGGUCCAGUUGUCGCGGUAUCUUUUAUUACAGGUAUCCUACAACAAAUUUACCUCGGUAUUUCUGCGAAUUUCAGACUACAAUUCAACUUCUGACCUCUGUGAUUCCAGUUUCGGUUAUCAUAUUUGCCGGAUUUUUUCGGCUGGACGCAGGGCUGACGCCAACGUUUUGCAUGGUGGCGUUGAGUUGGAUUCCAAUCAUCAACCCUUUGCUUACAAUGAUUGUUAUCGCGCCGUAUCGUAAGGCGGCCAGGAAAACAUUGGCAUGCGUCUUCCCACAAAGCAAGGUCACCGUCAGUACUUCGCAAUAACGAGGUUGAACAAGAUGAGAAUGAGGCUAUGGCCGCCGCAAUUCAAGCGGCAGAUACGGCCCACCACGACACUCGAAAGGACAUUCAUUAUUACGACUCCGUCGUAAACAACCGACAAGUGGAUUUGGGAAGGAAGGAAGAUCAGUUUCGGAAGUCGUAG